CUGAACGGAUACUUUGAAAUGGUGAGCUGCCUCAUCCCUGUUGAAUUCAUACCACUACUAUGACCACCCAAAGCAGCUCGACUACCUUCACGAAUCCUCCAAACUAUACUUUCACUUCUCAUCGUCUCAAUAGAAUUCUACAUAAUUCCACAAAGCAACCUAUCGUUCUCGUAGCAUGCGGUUCCUUCAACCCCAUCACAUAUCAUCAUCUCCGAAUGUUCGAAAUGGCCAAUGACUUUGUUCGGCAGAACACGGAUUUUGAGAUUGUUGGUAGUUAUCUCAGUCCAGUCAGCGAGGAGUACGAGAAACCUGGUUUGGUUCGCGCUCAUCACCGGGUUAAAAUGUGCACCCUUGCUACGGAGCAGGAGUCAUCAGGGCUAAUGGUAGAUUCGUGGGAAGCAUUCCAGAAUUAUCAGCGCACGGCUGUCGUCCUCGACCACUUUGAUUACGAGAUCAACACGAUUCUCGGCGGGGUAUCCACCCGAGAUGGUGAACAUCGGGAUGUUCGGAUCAUGCUUCUUGCCGGUUCCGACCUGAUCAGCACUAUGUCUGAGCCCGGUGUUUGGUCUCAUAAUGAUCUUGAUCGUAUACUUGGACGCUAUGGCACGUUUGUCAUUGAGCGCACAGGAUCAAGCAUGGAUCAAGCGACUGACAGCUUGGCACGCUGGCGGAACAGCAUCUAUCCCAUCCCCCAAUUGGUCCAGAACGAUGUUUCCUCCACGAAAGUUCGGCUGUUCUUUCGUCGGGGUCUCUCAGUUCAAUACCUCAUCCCAGCUGCUGUUAUUGAAUAUAUAAAGCAGAACCGUCUAUACCUAGACGACGGGUCUGGCCUGGAGAAAGACAAAGGGAAGGACAAGGAGAGUGGAGAUGCCGAAACUAGCCUUCGAGACAGCGGAUGCCUACAAUCCUAACUGGCUUCCAUACGAUACCUCGGAACGUUGAUUUAUUCUAGAAGAAGAUGUAUGUAUCCACAGAUGCUAACGGUGGCGCAGUUGGUGGUCUUAGCUCCGGCAGCCAAGUACUGUACCAACUGAUACGCUCGCUGAGCGCAUGACGACCGACUUCACUGCUUGGUCCAAAUGCUGUGCCGCAAGCGCUUCGCUCUUUUUGUCUUCUAAAUUUACCCCCUGCUUAAGCUUACCAAACCUAUGACGCUAAUAUGAAAUUGAGACAACACGUUCCCAUCCGAACCUGAAUAUCUAUCUAAGUUUGUCGAUUG